UGUACAGCCAAUACAACUGACACUAUACCAGGACCACUCAUUGACAGAAUGGAAAUAAUACAAGUCUCUGGUUAUAUAUCAGAAGAGAAGGAAGCCAUUGCUCAGAAUUACCUCAUACCUCAAGCUCGUUCUUCCUCUGGUUUGGAGGAUGGGCAGGUCCUCAUAGAAACUGAUGCUCUCCAGUCCCUCAUCAAGUGGUACUGUAGGGAGAGUGGAGUGAGGAACCUACAGAAACACAUUGAGAAGAUAUUACGUAAAGCUGCUUUUAAAGUUGUGUCACAGACACAGACUAAUGAUGAUGAAGCUGAAGCUGAAGAAGAUGAAAAGAAACAAAAGAAGAAGAGAAACCUUCUCCCCCUCCUGUCACUGAUCCUGUCACAGUCUCUUCCUCUAAUUUAAAAGAUUUCGUUGGUCAUCCUCGAUAAUGGGUCUGGCUUGGACGUCAAUGGGAGGUACUACUCUUUAUGUG